AUGUCUGCCGUCGUUCAACAGCAGCCUGCUACCAGAUGGGGCUCCAGCCCCUAUUCCCGAAUGUCUUCUGUCGAAGAACUCGAUUCAUCACUCACUCUUCUCUCUCGUCACAUUGUUUUGGCUAAAAAUUUGCCAAUGACUCCUCCUGGAACUCCUUCAGCUGUACCUGGGGUCGAGGAGAUAAACAGCUUCGAGUACGGAUCUCCAGUGUGCACUCCAAUUCAAAAAAUACCACCAAAUACGCCAGUGACUCCGUUCUGUCGACCAUUGAACAUAGUGACUGAUGGAAGGGCUGACUCAUUUGACCUAAGACCUUCCGGAAAUAAUGGAACACUCCAAGCUCCAAACGUGGCUGCCAUCGAUAAUAAGAUUGAACAGGCUAUGGUUAGCUUAAAACCAAUUUAG